CCAAACAAAACAACAAAAUUGUUUCAGUGCUACAAUCUCCCACAAUUUUGCCAGAAUUGACGUCGUAGAUAAAAGAAAUCCUUUUUCAUUAAUUCUUUACUCCUUCUGGUUCUCUAUAGCCGUAUUAGGUCAUAUAUAAUCCUGCAACUCCAACUCCAUGGCUAAUUCAGAUCUCUCAAUGGUGCUGCCUAGGGUUCUCAUCGUCUCCCGCCGCACCGUCCGCAAGAACAAGUUUGUAGAUUUCGUCGGAGAAUAUCAUCUAGAUCUAAUUGUGAGCUAUGGAGCAGUACCUAUAAUUGUUCCACGAGUCAGUGGAGUCCAUACCCUACUCGAAAGCUUCGAGCCAAUCCAUGGGGUCCUCCUAUGCGAAGGGGAAGACAUAGAUCCAUCACAUUACGACGCAGAGCUCUCGGGGUUCUCCACCGAGGAGCUCCAAGAAAUUGGGAAGCUACAUUCGAGUGACACUGCCAUUGACAAAGAGAAAGACUCCAUCGAACUGAGGCUGGCGAAACUAUGCCUAGAGAGGAACAUACCCUACUUGGGAAUAUGCCGAGGUUCACAAGUACUCAAUGUGGCCUGUGGCGGUACAUUGUACCAAGAUGUUGAGAAGGAACUUGAGAAAGAGUGCAAAGAUCAGAAUAAGAGAGUGACUCAUAUGAACUAUGAUGAUUAUGAUGGACAUAGACAUGUGGUGAAGGUGGUGGAGAAGACUCCUCUUCAUCAAUGGUUUAGAGAUUCUUUGGAUGAAGAGAAAAUGGAGAUGAGGGUUAAUAGUUAUCACCAUCAAGGUGUUAAGAGAUUGGCGCAGAGGUUUGUUCCGAUGGCUUAUGCCCCUGAUGGUUUGAUAGAAGGGUUUUAUGAUCCUGAUGUUUAUAAUCCUGAUGAAGGCAAGUUCAUCAUGGGACUUCAAUUUCAUCCGGAGAGAAUGCGGCAACUUGAUUCAGACGAUUUUGAGUAUCCAGGAUGUGCAUAUGCAUAUAAGGAAUUUGUUAAAGCAGUAGGAGCUUUCCAAAAGAAGCUCAGUCAGUCCGAGUGCGUGCCAAAGGCUCCAAAGCUUAGCCAUGAGCUAGAGAUGAAGAGAAAGAGCCUCCUAAGGAGUUUCUCAGUUGCCAAAAACAUGUAUACUAAGCGUGGAAGCAUGUCAAUCAAAGAAUCUGAACUGGAAGUUGGAGCUGAGUUUCUUGAGUCAAAUACAGCAUUGAGUUUACAACAAGAGAAAAGGCUAAAGCAAAUGGGUGCAACGGUGAGAAAUGCUUCAGCGUACAUGGAGCGAAUGAAGAUGGGUGAGGAGAGGGAAAGAGUUGCAAGGGCGAUCAUUGGGAAGAUGUCCAUAGAGCAGAUAUCAGAGCUGAUGUCAUUCUACCGCAUCAUGACUCAGAUAUGCUCCGACUCUUUAGAGAAGAUGAUAACCGACCCAGCAAGCUGAUCCAUUGCUUAGGUUCCAUUUGCAUACCACAUGAUAUCCCAAAGCCUUUACUUUGCUGGAGUUCUAAGCUUCCUUCCAAGCCAGUGCUUCAUCUUCUGCUUCAUUUUAUUACUUAACAAUGUAAAAAGUUCCAUUACUUCAAUCCCCGAGAGCAAUGCUAGAGCGAUUUGAUGAUAGUCGGCAGAAAAUUAGUUUCAAAGAGGCAAAAAAAUUCAGUAGUAGUUCGAGAGGGCUGGUUCAUUUCCAGGCAGUGUUUAUCAUGUUCUGCUUUGUUUUAGUACUGUUGAAAGCAACACUAAUCAACAAUUCAGUAUCCAGCUUGGAGCCCUUGGAGCGCCAAAAAUUUAGAUGACAGUUAUCAGGAAUCUAAACUCCAUUCAGCCAUACAUAAAUUUGAGGCUUUUGGGAUAUAUUUCCU